GUCAACGGUGCGGUAUACACACACAUAUUGCAGUAGUAGUGUGUCCCGCGACGCGGCUUCAGGAACGUACAGGGUACGCCGUCGCGACGCUCGCUCGUGAAACAGUCGACGAUCGCAUCGACCAAACUGCACUGUGCGAUAGUAGGCCGUGGAUCAAGUACAGAUGAUAUGCGGUGAUUCGUAUCCCGAGCUUUGGACAGGUUUAUUGGUAUUAGAACAUGCAAAUCGAUAAUCAAUUGCUUAUCGUUUCAUUUUGAAAAACGAUAAAUAUCGAUGAUCGAUAAAAAAAUCAUAUAAAUAUUUUUCGCAACGAUUUUCAAAAUUUCCGAACGAUACAAUAUAGUCCUCAGUACAUAACCCAUUUUAUAUAUACUUGAAGCAGCUUCCUUUUGACUGUAUUUUAUACGGAGCAUAAAGAAUUCAAGAAGGUACUUGCCAAAGCUCGCGAUCUAAUCUCAUAUCAUUUGGACCUACAUACUAACUUCAACCUGUCUCAGACGCAUAACAAAAUGCGGCCGUAACACCAUUGUUCGAGUGUUACAACUACGAAUCGUGUGUAUAUAUAGCACGAUACAUUUUGGAGAACGGCCAUACAAUUCGAAAAUUUUGAUGCUGCGAGCGACAACCACUUGGCGGUUACCAGGUCAUCGAUGACACCAACUUUCACUGCACCAUGGAUAAAAAGUGCAAAACGGGCGCCAGCACCGCAGGAUCGCCAUCUUCGGGAAGUCACCACCAGCAGCAGGGCGUGGCCACAUUGGUGGUGAUGCUGGCCGUCCUCGGUAUCAUCAUACUUUUCUGCUGUUUAGCCGCACCCGGCAUCAGAGGAUUGUGCAAGAGAUUCAUUUGUAGGACUGUAUACAAGAAGAUAUGGUUAUGAUACGCGUGACGAAAUAAAAGAGGUGUCAGAACUAAAGAAACAGGUAACGUUGUGUGUGUAGUUCUGAAUUUAACAACUAACAAAAAUACCGUCAAUUACUUCAUAAAGUAUCAAUCCAAACUGUAGAGGAUGAUCAUUAGUUCAGUUCAUAUAACCGUAGUUUUUGCAAGGCUUUAAGAUACAUCCCAACUAACAAUUAUCAC